AUGUAUAAGGAAGAGUAUAAACUAAUGCAUGAGGAAGAGCAUGAACUAAUAUAUGAGAAAGAGUAUGAACCAGAGUUACAAUUAGAUGAAUCUGAAGUUAGUAAAUCAUCACAAGUACAAAAGUCAAAUAGUAGUAAUUCUACAUAUACCAG